CUGAAGAACCUUUGCCAUUUCCCCACUGCCCCAAAAUCUCAAAUGAAACUGUUGUUUUUUGCAUUUCUCUCAAUUUCAUGUGAAUUCUAAUGUUGUAGAACAAUUUGAGUUCAUGAGGUUUUCUGGGCCUUGGUAAAUAUUGAGAUCUCCAUUAAAAGAACUCCCCACGAACUCUUAAUAUCAUGGCCAUUCAUUCAUUCAUGCCUCACGCAUAUACUUUCUCCCACAUGCAUCUCUCUCUCCCUUUUUUUGUCCCUUCCCUUUUUAUGAACAUCGCUCUGUCAACUUCAGUCCUUCUCUCUCAGAUAUUUCUCAGAUAUCCUCUCUUCAUCCUUUCAUGUGCCUGCUUGUCCCCCUAUCUCUCCUUUUAUAUCCCAUUCCCUUGCUCUCAUCCGUGUCAUACAAUUUCACUUACAUCCCCUCUUUACAAUUCCCUUCUCUCUCUAUCCGACUUGGUUACCUUUGUUUGCUUCUCUUUGUUUUCUUCUUGCUUUCACUCCAUCAUGGAACCCCAGCAACAGCAACAGCAAAACCAACAAGCUCCAAAUGAGGAUUGUGGUGGUGGCAGUGGCAAAGGAAGCUUUCUUUGCAGGCAAAGUAGUACACGGUGGACUCCUACCACUGACCAGAUUAGAAUAUUGAAGGACCUUUACUACAACAAUGGAGUUAGGUCCCCGAGUGCUGAUCAGAUUCAAAGGAUCUCUGCUAGACUUAGACAGUACGGAAAAAUCGAAGGCAAGAAUGUCUUUUAUUGGUUUCAGAACCACAAGGCUCGUGAGAGGCAGAAGAAAAGGUUCACCACCACGACUAAUCAUCAUGUCCCCAUGCAAAGCCCUACCACUGCUGCAAAUAACAAGUAUCCCAACAUAACUCCUGGUUAUUCUCCUACAUCUCUUUCUUCAACUGGUGCUCUUACUGUUGGGCAGAUAGGAAACUAUGGCUAUGGGUCUAUAACCAUGGAAAAGAGUUUUAGGGAUUGCUCAAUAUCAGCAUGUGGUAGUAGUACAAGUGUAGGCGAAUCCCUGAGUCACAACUUUGGAUGGGUUGGGUUCGAUCCUACUUAUUCUUCGUCCUACACAUUCUUUGAGCACAAAAAAUUCAUGGAAGAGAGACAAAAAGAUGAAGAUGAUGCAGAAGAAGAAGCUGCUGCUCCACAAAUUGAGACCCUCCCUCUCUUUCCCAUGCACAGUGAAGACGUUAAUGGUUUUUGCAGUAAUAUUAGGCCCAGACUAGACAGCUGCUACUCUGGGUGGUACAGGUCUGAAGAUGGCUACACUGGUUCUCGUGCCUCACUUGAGCUCAGCCUCAACCCAUAUGCAGGCAGACCGCAAGAUUCUAUCUGAUGAAUGAAUAUUUCUUUCCCUCAUCUUUGUUCAUCCCCAAUAUAUUGAUCAUGAUUUUAUGAUGUCUAUUGUCUUCUCAAUUAGCUAAUUAUGGCUUUAAUAUAGUGUAACUAACGGUUUGUCCCUUGUUUUUCUAUUUG